UGUAUAAGUUAGAUACUUUGCCCCUCAACUUCCCUUGCUCGAUCAAUCACGGAUGCUGAUUGGCGCACAGGCAUCUCCUCUACAACUCCCCUGGCGGAGACCGUAGUGAGCGGAUCGUCGCUGGGCAUUGGUUGUUGUCGGUAACCUCACCUUGUUACACAUGCUCUCAUUGGAAGUAGUUGUAGUUGUAUUAGUAGACAGACAUGGGAUCCUCUGCGAUCACCUAGAACCUCUGCGUUCACUUGUCUUUAGUCUUUGAACGAAUACCCAACACGGCCACUGUCGCCACAAUCCAUAUUGAAAAGAGGAAUCGACUCAAAACACACAUCCCCCUCAUUAAUCGCACCACCGCAUCAACAUCAUCCUAUUCAUCAUCAUCAACCUCAAAAAAGUUAUGGCAUCCCAACAAGAACUUUUCCCUGAGGUCUGUUUGUCCGACUAUGACGAGGAGAUGAUGUCUGAUCGAGAAGUAGAAGCGGAGUUGAGGGCAAAUAAGGAGGCGUUUACCGCGACUGUUCCUCAAACUGCGGACACCACUCAAACCCCUAAACCUAUAGAUCCCCAGGUUCAACCCACUCAACCGAUUGAUCCUCAGAUGAUAGCUCCCCCAAAUGCUGAAACAACCCUAGCAUCUCAACCUCAAACAGCCCUUGAGCCAAAGGUUAGCUCAGCACCUUCACGUAUGGCAUCGUCGUCGUCAAGAGCGUUGUUUCAGUGUCGGUUGUGUUCCCAUCAUCAUCCAUUACACAAAUGCUUUGUGUUUAGAAAAAUGACUGUGGAAAAACGUGUGCGUAUGGUCGUCCGUCAUCGUUAUUGUUACAAUUGUCUGCGUCUUGAUCAUGUUUCAAAGUUCUGUCCGGUUCCCAAACGGUGUAAUUAUUGCGGGAAAAAGCACCACACCAUUUUGCAUGAGCACCAAGAGGACAGCUCCAACCGGACACAAAAUUCGGCGAGAUGGUUAGUUCCACGAGGUAUCGUUCCCACACCACCACCCCACAUAUUACCAACUUCCGUACUACCAAUAAGUCGUGUAUUCUCCUUGAGCCCUACCUUACGUGUGAAUAUAUGUCUGCCUAACUCUACCGUUCCAGUUAGGGCUUUAUUAGACCCCUGCUGCCCAGUCAGUCAGGUGUGUGCGUCUCUAAUAAAUGACCUUCGAUGGCCCACCACCAAAGUCAAUCAUAUGUCGUACGCCGACUUUAUGAUUACCUCCCGUUUUGACCCGGGUCAAAGGCAAUUUGUUACUGCCAGCGUAGCAAACAUUACUUGCGGUGUAACACCACCGAUGACCAUUUCAUCAUCAGUACGCGAAGCCUUCGUUGGUCUGGAACUCGCGGACCCAUCGUUUGAUUGUUCGGGUCCAGUAGCGAUGGUAUUGGGUCCAGAAAUUUAUUAUAAAAUCAUUAAGCCGAGAAUAAUUCAACAGCCUGGUCUCCCUACAGCGCAAUAUACCUCGUUUGGUUGGGUAAUUUCGGGCCCCGUCAACAUGUAAUUAACUGUUAUUAGUUAAGAAAAAAAUGAAUUGAAUUGAAUUUAAUAAAAUGAAAUUGCUCACAUAUAAACUGAA